UUAAAUCAAAACGAGAGUAAAAUAAAACAAAAAAAAACUAAAGAAAUUUCAAGAAGAGUGAUAAUAAAUAAAAAUUGACUAACUGACAAAACAAAAGAAAACUGGUGAAAUUUUUAUUCAAUAAAAAAAACUAAAGAAACUUCAACCAAAUUAUAUCAAUUCAUCUGAAACAGAAAAGAAAUUCAAUACAAAAAGAGAUAAAUCAAAAAAGUGACGAACAUUGUGGUGAUCCACUUUUUAAAUUAAAUUCAAAAAAAUAAUCAUAUACUUUCUUUUGACCUACCUUAACAUUGUUGAAUUGAAACAUCUAGAAAUUUAUUUUCUGACAAAGUAAAAAAACUAAAAUUACACAAAAUGAGGGUUCAUCCUUCAGUGAUAUUACUUGUGGCCGUUUUGGCAGUUCAUGGCUCUUAUGCCUUCAAUCCAUUCGAUGCAAGUUCAAGUUUCGCGAGCUUUGGACCGCUUCGUUUGCACCACCAAAAUCUGUUCAAGUUCACCGAUAGUUCCGAUAGUAGUGAAGAUGAUGACUCACAAUGGCCCUUUGGCCCAUCUAGUAUUCAUUCCAGAGAAAAAAGUGACUCCGUUGAGGAACGCGAGAUCUUGGGACGCGACACGGAACCAUUAGAUUUGGACUAUGUUAAGGGACCGAUCUCCAUAAAUCCCGACGAUCCAGGUUUGGGAUUGUCAAAAGUUCCAGAAACUUCGUCGGCAUCGCAUGAAGAGCAAUUCCCGGUACAAAGCUUCAAUCAGCAUUUUGGAAAUAUUUUCGGAAAUGGAUUUUUAGCUGCCUUCCCUGGAUUGGGCUUCUUCGACUUCCCACGCUACGAACCUUGGUGGAAAGGACCAAACGUUUGCAAGACUCGUGAAGAAGACAUCGAAGCCGAGGACGAAAAAGAUGGCGAAGCGAAGGAAACGAUUUCCGACAAGGAAGACAGCUUAAUUCAAGCAUUCCAUCUGAACGUCGAGACGUGCGCCGAGAAAUCCAACAAGUACCAAUGCACAAAGAUUACAAAUCAAGCCGGCAAGAAGCGAACGUACAAGAUCACCUACAAAUGCUGUGCUGGAUAUGCGCGUCGUCGUUCUGCCGAGAAUCCCAAUGGAAAUUGUGUCAAGUUGGAUUUGGCACCGAUUGAGAAUACAAUUGAGAAAUUGGGUGGCAAGGAGUUUAUGAAGAGUGCCAAAAAGGGAUCAGUUGAGAGUGAAAUGGAUGAUAUGACGGUGUUUGCUCCAGUUGAUGAGUCUUUUACUGAUUUUGCGGAGAAAAUGUUUGAAAAUAACUUGGUUGUCGUUCCUCUGAACAAACGCGAACGUCGCGACACAUCUUCAGACGAAAAUGGCGUCAACACACGUGAUCUCGUGCAUGCCCACAUGGUCAAAGGCAUCAUUGACAUCGAAGAAAUCGAAAAUGAGCAAGUUUUGGUGUCGGAAUACAACAACAGCACCAUUCGUUUGAACAUUUUCCCUCGUCCGCCAGGUGAUCGCGAACAAGAAUUCCCCUACCAAUACACGGCAAACUGCGUUCCAAUUGUAAAACCGAACCAACUUGCCAGCAACGGAAUGGUUCACAUGAUCAAAGGAGUGUUGAUGCCGCCAGAGAAGACUGUCAUGGAUAUGUUAAGGGAACGCCCGGACAUGGCGGUGUUUGUAACUGUCUUGGAACGCACGAAACUCGAUGAAAUGUUGAUGGAUCCAUCGCGACACGUGACAGUUUUUGCACCAACAGACAGCGCUUUUGAGAAAUUGGAUCCGCAAUUGAGGAAAAAAUUGAAGGAGGGACGUGGAUGUGCUUCAAAUAUUCUCAAAAACCACAUUCUCGACUUAACCUUCUGCUCUUCCGCUGUCGCUGACGACGCCAAAACUUCCGCCUACAACCUCUUGAGUGAACGCAUCGAGCUCGAAUACACCGACGAAGCCCCCGACACCACCGAAAACGAAAUUGCCGACAUGACGAACAAGCGUUUCAUCAUCAUCAACAAAAAAGCUCGCAUGACCGAAACCGAUUUGAUGGCCACGAACGGCGUCAUUCACAUCAUCGACAGCAUGUUGCCAACGGAAUCCGCCCAAACGAUUUCCAGCGUCCUCGAGAACAACAAUUCGACAAUUAUGAUGAAAUUAUUGGAACAGGGCAACUUGCGGGACUACGUUGACGAUUCCAUGAACACGACAUUCUUCGCGCCAACGGACAAAGCCUUCGAGCAAUCCGAAACCGGAAAAUAUUGGUUGAAAAAAUUGGAGGAAAACCCGUCAGAGCUGAAAAAUAAUUUGGAAUUGAAGAAUUUCGUGGAUUAUCACAUCAUGCAACCGAUGGUAAAAACGUGCGAUUUGGUCGAUGGCAUUGCAAAAACACGUUCCGACAGAGAAGUUCGCGUUAAUUUGUAUUCGACGAACUUCCCCUUCAUGAAUAUCAUGAACCGUGCCACUGUUAAUUGCGCCCGUUUGGUCCACUUUGAUGAAGAUAGCUGCGGAUCCGUCGUACACCAAGUCGAUAAAGUGCUUGAAGUACCAAAGAAUAAUUUACUUCAACAAUUGGAAGCCACUGAGAAAUACAGCACCUUCUUACGCUUGGUAAAGGAAGCCAACUUGACCUCACUUCUCGAAGAUCACACAAAGAGCUACACCCUCCUCGUGCCCAAAGACGAACACUUCAAAGAAGUCGAAGAAUUCUUGUCCGAAAUCGAGUCCAAGGAAGAUCAAAAGGAAUUCCUCAUCAAAUCUCACAUCAUUCCCGAGGUCAUGUGCUGCGCCGGCAUCACGCAAUCCCAAUGGCCCUUCGUUCGAAGCAUUCCCGCCCUCAGUCAGGCCCAUCUCCGUCUCGAUCGUGAUCGUCGUCCCAAAAUCCAGAACGCUGGCAUCACAAAAUGCGACAUUAUCGCGACAAAUGGCAUCAUUCACGAGAUUAACGACUUGAUUGCGGUCCAAAAGCAACGUCCUCAGCAACCGCAACACGAUCAAAACCCGUUCCGGCAUGAUUUCUUCUUCUAAAGACGUUACAUGAGUGGAAAGACGACAAAUUUACGACUGAUCUGAUAACUAUGGAAGAAACAUUUUUUUUUGUUAAAAUAGUAGUUUACGUCUAAGUUUAACCCUAAAUAAUAAUUUUAUUGUAUUUUAUUUGUAUAAUGAACGUGAUUUUAUAUUAUUAUAUGUACUGCGUUUUGUUCAGUAGUGGCACACAAAUUUAUUUGUCAUGCGAAUAAAUGCUCUUUAGGCGAUUAAAUUUGCUUUUUUUUCAAUUUUUU